GGAUUGUUGAUCACAUGACAGACGACACCUUUCCACCUUGCACAGGGAUGCUCAGAUGAUGUGUUCCACAUUCACAAAGAUUCGUGUGUGCAUCCUGCUAGUAUUUGUUUCUACUGUUGGAGCCCUAAAAGAAUUUAAGACAUUAAAUCAUCUUAAACCAAAGGCUUCAAGAGAAACACAAGCAGCAGCUGCACAGGCUCUGAUUGGGCGAGUUGUUGGAAAGCGAGCUGAUGAGUUUAAAGUAGCCAUUUCAUCGACCUUAGGACCAGAAAAUAGAGACACAUUUCAGAUUAUCACAUCUGGUCCCCAUGUCAACAUCACUGGGACUACCGGAGUGGCAGUUGCCAUGGGACUGUACUAUUACUUGACCAAUCAUUGUGGAUGUCAGUACACAUGGGCAGGACAACAGAUGGACAUCCCAUCCAGUCUGCCCAAAAUCCCUUCCCCGGGGAUAACAAUCACCACCAAUGAUAGGUUCCGGUACUACCAGAAUGUGUGUACAGUGGACUACUCAUUUGUGUGGUAUAAGUGGACAGACUGGGAACAACAGUUGGACUGGAUGGCCCUACAUGGUAUCAACAUGCCAUUAGCCUUUACAGGACAGGAGGCCAUAUUUCAACGGAUUUACAUGAGAAUGGGAUUCACGAUGUAUGAUAUACAAAGACAUUUUGGUGGUCCAGCUUUCCUAGCCUGGUCAAGGAUGGGUAACAUGCAUGGUUGGGGAGGACCACUACCUCAGUCUUGGAUAGACCAACAGUUGGUGCUACAACACAAGAUCCUUGACCGGGCGAGGGAGCUUGGAAUGAUUCCUGUACUACCAGGGUUUGCUGGGCAUGUUCCUGAGGCUAUCACUUGGCUGUAUCCUGAAUCCAAUGUUUCCAGAUUGCCAGACUGGGCAGGAUUCAAUGGAACUUACUGUUGCAAUCUCCUCCUGGAUUUUGAUGACCCACUUUUCAAACAGAUUGGUGUACAGUUCCUUAAAGAGAUGAGAGAUGAGUUUGGGACAGACCAUAUCUACAAUAUUGACACCUUCAAUGAGAUGGACCCUAAAUCCAAUGCACCUGAGUACCUUGCCAAAGCUUCACGGACCAUUUAUGAUGUUGUAACAGAAGCUGAUCCAGAAGGAAUAUGGCUGAUGCAAGGGUGGCUGUUCCAGGCAGUGGAGUUCUGGAAACCUGAACAAAUAAAGGCGUACCUGACAGGUGUUCCAAUGGGUAAAAUGAUUGUCUUGGAUCUCUUCUCUGAAAUUGCUCCAAUAUUUUCGAAGACACAAUCAUAUUAUGGCCAGCCAUUCAUUUGGUGUAUGCUACACAACUUUGGGGGAACUUCUGAAAUGUACGGGGCAUUUCUCAACAUCAACAAUGGUCCUUUUGAUGGCCGUGCUUUCCCAAAUAGUACCAUGGUUGGAAUUGGAAUCACACCGGAGGGCAUAUAUCAGAAUGAAGUCAUUUAUGAGUUCUUUGCUGAAAAUACAUGGAGAACUAAACCAAGAGAUGUAGCAGCAUGGGUGACAGACUAUGCAACCAGAAGAUAUGGAAAAUAUGAUAAAUAUGUGGAUCUGGCAUGGCACUACCUCAAGAUGAGCAUUUAUAAUUGUUCUGAUGGUCACCAUGACAACAAUAUUGAUAUUAUUCCGACAGUCAGACCACGACUUACUCCCAUGAUACACCAGGAUAUAUGGUAUGAGCCUGAAGACCUGUAUGUAGCCUGGGACAUCCUGGUUUUGGCUGCAGAUCAGUACAUCAACAAUACCCUGUAUAUGUAUGAUUUAGUGGAUGUAACUAGGAACAGCCUCCAGAUACUCUCCUUAAGUUAUUACCAGGAUAUGAUCAAUGCCUACAAGGGCAAAGACCUCCCCACGGUCACGAUUGUAGGAGCUAAAUUGUUGGGACUCCUGAAGGAUAUGGAUACAGUCCUGGCCUCGGAUCGUCAUUUCCUGAUGGGACGCUGGAUUGCAGCAGCCCAGGCAAAGUCUACCAACUUAAAUGAACGCAUCUUGUAUGAGUAUAAUGCACGGAACCAGGUGACACUCUGGGGCCCAAGAGGGGAGAUCCUAGAUUAUGCCUGCAAGCAGUGGGCUGGUUUGAUAGAAGGGUAUUACCGGCCUCGUUGGGAAUUGUUUGUGGAUUACCUGAAAGGAAGCCUUGAAAAUAAGACCGACUUCAAUCAGGCUCUUUAUGAUCAAGCCGUGCUCAACAAGGUGGAGAUACCUUUCACCUUUGACCUCACUCCCAUGGCAACAGAGCCAAAAGGUGACUCACUGGCGAUCGUUCGAGACAUCCACAUGAGAUAUCGGCCUGAUGCUAGUUUAUCAACUCUGAUGUCGCUCAGACAAAAAUCCACCAAGGGAGACAAACGUAAUUGGAUAGAGCGAAAAUAUGGCCGGCAAAUUGUGCCUAAUUACAGAGACAGAAAAUAUAGAAUGUAUCAGAAAGCUGGAGUCUCUAUACGUCAGUCAACACAAAGUCUGAAUGGAUGAUUAAUAAAUUAUUUGUUUGGA